AUGGGUGCCCUCAAGUACGUGGAAGAAAUCCAGAAGAAGAAGCAGUCCGACGUGAUUCGCUUCCUGCUCCGUGUCCGUUGCUGGGAGCUCCGUCAGCUGAACGCUAUCCACCGUGCUUCCCGUCCUUCUCGUCCCGACAAGGCUCGUCGUCUCGGCUACAAGGCCAAGCAGGGCUAUGUUGUCUACCGUGCCCGUGUCCGCCGCGGUGGCCGCAAGCGCCCCGUCCCUAAGGGUGCCACCUACGGCAAGCCUACCAACAUGGGUGUGAACCAGCUCAAGUACCAGCGUGCUCUCCGUGCCACCGCUGAGGAGCGUGUUGGUCGUCGUUGCGCCAACCUGCGUGUCCUGAACUCCUACUGGAUCAACCAGGACUCCACCUACAAGUACUUUGAGGUGAUCUGCGUUGACCCCCAGCACAAGGCCAUCCGCCGCGAUGCUCGCAUCAACUGGAUCUGCAACCCCGUCCACAAGCACCGCGAGGCCCGUGGUCUCACCUCCACUGGCAAGAAGUCCCGUGGUAUCAACAAGGGCCACCGCUACAACAACACCCGCUCUGGCCGUCGCCACACCUGGAAGCGCCAGAACACCCAGAGCUACUGGAGAUACCGUUAA